AUGCCAACUAUUAGAGCUGUGCCAACCACCACAACAGUAGAAGCCAAUAUCAGAUCGGUUAGCUACAACAACCAAAAUGGCUUAACAUUUACAAUAGAUUUUACAGUAACUUCACCAUUAGGUACAGCACAACUAGCUUUAGGUACAACUCUAGAUGACUCACUUCUUGUAGAUCUUCCAAUUGGUGAUUAUCAAGCUACUUUUUAUCCUGAUAUUAUAAUUAUACAUGUUUUAAUAACCAUAACUAGUGCCAUCUCAUUUAAAGAAGUUAAUUCAAUCACUUUGGAUAGUUUCAAAGAUUCAAAUACAUCUUGUAAUGAUUGCAAUGCUCUUUUUGUAGGAUUGGGUAAUCUUAUUGAUAAAACUCUUUACGAUUUUUUCUACCCAGGAUGUCUAUAUGGAAAAGAUACCAACAAAAAGUAUCAAUGUAAUUGCCGAACAAAUGAUGUCCUUUGUGAAAUUUUAUGCGCAGAUUAUUGUGCAAAAAAUAUGACCAGCGAAGCGAUAUCGGAAAUAGAAAAUGAUAUGGGCUCAAAUGUACAUACACCUGAUCCAGUAAGAAUUUGCCAAAUCUUAGCUAGAUGUCCAAACACUACCACCGGAGAAGCCAACAUCACAUCGGUUUUAUAUCACCCAGAGAAAUCGCUUUUAUUUACAAUAUAUAUUACAGUUACAUCCCAAUUAGGCACAGCACAAAUAGCAAUCGGUAAAAAGGACACUACCUACGACCAAACACUUCUUGUCAAUAUCCCAAAAGGUGAUUAUCAAGUUACAGUUUCUGUUGAUUCAUUAUUCUAUGAAAACAACAUUCUGCCAGUUAUAUAUAUGCAGGACGAAAAUAAUAAUAGUUUUAAAGGUGGGAGUGUUGGUGAAUAUUGGUCGGCGAUCGGAGUGACAGCAUCGACUUAUGAACAAGCACAAGAGUUUGUCAAGGAGUUGGAGAUGAGACAACGUGACGGUCUCAUUGCAGAUUCUACCGUUUUCAUUGCUGUACCAGAUCCACCAUUGAAUCAUUUGUAUACAUCGUACAGUCACAGACACACCAAGAUCGGAAGUGGCACGUCGUCACUCAACGCCCUGUUUGUCAUCGUCGAGCAACUCUCUGUUGCCUCUGGGAAGACCUAUCUCGAUGGCGAUGUCCUUCGUGGCAAGAAAGUACUGCUUCUCAACAUCGGUGGACUGCAUCAUCACAUGCCCCAAGUGAAUCUCUGCACCAAGUCAUUCACGAUGGUUCCACUCGCCAAUUGCGAUUUGACCUAUGUGCGAUCGCGCGACUCCGACACCGAUAGUGCGCAACAAUCCUGUUCAUCCAAUAACAAGACCGAACAUCUCUCGGCAGUCUGUCCAAUCGAUAUCCUACUGUCAAAUCUGAAUAAAGUAGUUCCAAUUUGUGGUCCGGGAUUGGUUAUUGCUAGCACAGAGUCGCUGCUGUUGUUCGACAACGAUAAUCCACUGUUGACCAAAGUUGAGAGUUGGAAUUCCAGUGGAGUCACUCUACUUACACUGCCUAUUCGCAGACAUGAUGCAACUAGACACGGAGUUUGUAAAUUCAUUAGGGACGGCGACGACUAUCUCAUCUCAGAUAUCGGUUACCGUUUGACUGAAGAGGAGCUGUUGGAACAAGGAUAUAUUGAUAAAGCUACCGAUACUGCUCAGGUCUAUACAGGAUUGAUUCGAAUGUGUGAAAAGACCGCUGAGAAGUUCUUGUAUCUCCAUUCACAACCGCCAAUGGAUUCAUGUACCUACUUGGGUGUUGACAACGGUGCCAUACUCUUUAAAUUCGGCUGGUUACCAGACGUCCUAAUGCCAAUGACCACCGGCAUCACAUGGGAAAAGUAUCACGUCCUAAAAGAACCACAGCACGACAAUUCAAGAUACCUCACAGAAGCAGCACGUAAAUCACUAUGGAAAACCUUCCACGGUACAAGUCUUAGAGCAUUACCGCUAAAAGGAAAAUAUUGUUAUCUAAGACAUUCCAGAGAUUUCUUGGAGUUUAUUAAUUACCAAAAUGAAAUUCCAAUAUCAAGAUUCGCUCAUUCAUUUAGUGAUAAUAAGAACAAGAUAGAGGCAACCGUUAUCAAUUCCAUACUACACGGAGAUGGCUAUGCUGAGAAGAGUAGUAUUAUUUAUUCAUCGUCGCUGAGUGGUAAUUGGAGAAUUGGAAAAGAUACUAUUGUUCUUGGUGUUCGAGAGUUUAGCUAUGGAUUCCAUUUUGGCGAUCGUAUGUCAAUCUCUGAGAUCCGGUUGAAAACCAACAAGAAGCUGAAUGUAUCUACCGGUGGCACUGAGUUGGAGCAACGUGCAAAAGUUCUGGUUAUCAUUGGUAUCGAUGACGAUAUCGAUUUGAUGGUAGACGAUCCCAAGGCAACGAUUGCCAAUCGCAGCUGGUCAGAGUUUUUCUCAAAGAGUGGAGUCACUCCCGAUGAGAUAUGGCCAGCUAAAUUCCCGAGAAUGUUGAGAACCGCCAGAUUAUUCCCUAUUCUCACUGGACAGGUCGAUGAACUGCUGGAAUCUGCACUCUGGAUGCAAGACAAUACAUCGCCAUCGCUAAGUGUCAUCGGUAGAUGGCGUUCGUCCAAACGUCUUUCGAUUGCCGAUGUCACAGGUGAGACCGAUCUUUAUCAGAUUGUACCGUGCGAAAACAACAGUGGUAAUCCAACUUUUAUUCCGAAUUCCGGUAUGAAAAAGUUUAUUGAGGGUGAUGUCAAUGCUGCAUUCCAGUGGAAUCGUGAUCUCAAUUUUAUGAUCGAUGUUCACCAUGUCGAGAAAGCAAUAAUGGCAGGUGAAAACUUUUGUAUUCUCCCAUACUUUAGAAAGUGGGCAAACACCAAGGAUCUACCAAUCACUAAAAUACUGGCUACUCUUGAUCGUCUGGCAAUCUCAGUUCCCAUUCACUAUAUUGGAAGAAUGCUCUCUGCCAUCUCUGAUUUCCUAGCGAUAUCGGUGCGUGGAAGAGGUGGACUGAGAUCCGGUCCGGCGAGAAACGCAGCUUGGGAACCAGCACUACAGUAUUUCGUCAAGAAGGACGAACGUAAAGGUAUCAUUGCUUUGGCAAAGGAACGUGAGAAAUGGUUGAACUCUCCAGAGAAAAUAAUACGUGCAGCUCGACACUAUGAAGGUGCCGGACAAGUAUUCAUUAAGAAUAUUGUCGAUACUUGUCAUGUGCAGCUGAAGAGACAUCCAGAUGGACCUGUUAAAGUUGACCAAUGGUGUACAGUUACUUUGCCUGCAAGAAUAGAUUUGGCAGGUGGUUGGACUGACACUCCACCCAUUUGCUAUGAACAUGGUGGUCUGGUUGUCAAUGUCUCCAUUACAGUCGAUCAGAAAAGACCGAUUGUUGUUCGUGCCAAACGUGUCGGUACUCCGCAUAUCAAGUUGCAUGUUGACUCUAUGGAUUCAGAUGCAAUCGUUUGCACAUCGUUCAUGGAUCUCUCGGAUUACAGUCGUCCACAAGCACCUGCCGCUCUAUUGAAAGCAUGUUUCCUACAACUCGGAUUGGUUGACCCACAUAUCAAUAAAACUCUGGCCGAACAAUUGGAAUCGAUUGGUGGUGGUAUCGAAGUUGUUUCCGCAUCAAACUUGCCAACUGGAUCUGGUUUGGGAACUUCUUCGAUUUUGGCAGCCGGAUUGCUGUGUGCCAUGGCCAGAGUGUACGGACAACACUACGACGAUACCUCACUGAUUCAUGCAGUUCUAAGAGUGGAACAAAUGUUGACAACCGGUGGUGGUUGGCAAGAUCAAGUGGGUGGAAUCAUCGGUGGAUUCAAAGAAGCGAAAUGUCUCAAGCGUAAUGAGAAUGUAAAUAUCAAUGUUGAACAUCGUGUACUCAAUAUCAGUAGGGAGAACAUCGAGAAAAUCAAUAAUCAUCUAUUGUUGAUCUACACCGGUAGAACUAGAUUGGCAAGAGAUCUUCUACAGGAUGUCAUUAGAAGAUGGUAUGCCAAGACUGAAGAAAUUAUACGCGUAACCGAUAGUCUUGUUGCCACUGCUGAAUCGAUGGUCAAAGCUCUGGAGAAUGUAGAUAUUCCACAGUUGGGUUCAUUACUACGUGAGUAUUGGGAACAAAAAAAAUGUAUGGCGAGCGGUGCUGAACCAACUCAAGUCGCACAACUAGCUAAACUCAUUAGCGAAGAGAGUUACGGUUACUCAUUGGUUGGCGCUGGUGGAGGUGGAUUUAUGGUUGCCAUCACCAAAGAGAAUAGUUCAAUAACCAGAGAGAAAUUGAAAACAUUAAUAGCUGGAAACGAUCAAUUCUCAUCGGUUUCAUUCCAUACUGCUGAGAUUGAUCUUAAAGGUUUGGAGAUUACUUUCGAGUAA